CGAUAAAGUAUCGCACAUCCCUAGCAACUGGACGGACAGACAUCGCUUACAAAGUGUUCGCAGUAAAAUUUCUAUCAUGUCCAAGCGAAACAAGUCCAAGAAAAGUGAUGAGGAAAAAAUAAACGUCCGGGAAAAGCUCACCGAGAAUUUCCUAGAUCUGAGUUUGAUGAAUAUAUCGACAAUCCCGGUGGAUGAAAUUAAAACAUUGAAGCGCGCAACAAUACUGGAUUUAUCCAACAACAUAAUUUCAGUUAUCAACAAAGACUUCACAUCGUUGGUUCAACUGACAAGACUGGAUUUGAGCAGAAAUCGCAUCAGGCUAAUAUCGGAUGACUUCGGCAAUCUGGUUAAUCUCCGACAUCUAGAUUUAUACAACAAUCAACUGGAGCGUUUGCCGCUUAGUUUCGGGCGCCUCAAAAAGCUCAAAUAUCUAGACUUGAAAAAUAACCCAUUGAAUCCGGCUUUUGCGAAGAUAAUAGGAACGUGCACCGAUCAGCGGGAUUGUAUCAAUGCGGCACGAAAAGCGAUUGCUUUUAUGGCUGAUAUUGAGCAGCAGGUCAUCGAAGAAAGAAAGAAGGAUCGAGAGAAACGAGAACAAGAACAAAAAGAGCAAGACGAGGCUCGCCAACAGCAGGAGCCGCCGGUUUCUAAAUCAACUCCAGGUGAGAAGGAGAACGCAAGCAAGAAAGGAAAGAAAAAAAACAAUAAAUCGAAGAUGAAUGUUAAUGGGAAGGAAAAAACUGAUGAUAAUGGAAUCAACGUUGCAGUUCAGGGUAAAAAAAGGAAACAAAACACACGAAAGGUAGCAGAGAAAGCAGGUAAAAGUAGCGGUAAAAAAAACUGUUGGAUAGUACUACCGGUUAUUGCGGCAGUUUUAUUUCUACUUUUCGCUCUGUACAUGGAAAAAGUUUUAGAAUAUUAUAAAAUGUAUAUUAUGAACUUUAUCAACAAGAUCAAUGAAGAGUAUGGAAUAUGACGGUGCAGUCACUAUACAACAAGCUGUACUGAAAUCAAUAAACUUUAACACAA